UCAAAUAUGUGACAGUGUUGUUGUGCUGAGUGUGCAUGCACGCCUCCACUCACUCUCAUCACAUAUAGGUUAUAUAGUCUAUCAUAUACCUGUAGCAGCUCUAUAAACGCACAUGCAUUUAUUAUUCAAAAUGUAAACGAGUUGCUGUGUAUCAUAAACAUAUUUAAUAAGCGUGACUGGAAUCAGAGACGCACAGCCUAUGAGGAUUCCCUGUGUGAAUAAGAGGCAUUAUAGUGACAGCUAGGGGGAUGUGCAGAAAUGUGUGGAUAGACGCGCGCGUGCACACACACACACACAGACACAGCACAAAGCUGCUGUUUCAUCAUAAGGACGCUGUGCGCUUCAGCACCAGAUCUGUAGAGCGGGGCAGUGGAGAGUGGCUCUCGUGGUAUGACUACUACAAACAAGGGCAACAAAGCACUAAAGGUGAAGCGAGAGCCAGGUGAAAAUGGCACAAGUCUUACGGAUGACGAGCUGGUGUCUAUGUCUGUGCGGGAGCUGAACCUGCACUUGCGUGGUCUGUCCAAAGAGGAAAUCCUGCAGUUGAAACAGCGGCGACGCACGCUCAAAAACCGUGGUUAUGCCGCCAGCUGCCGCGUCAAACGUGUCACACAAAAGGAGGAGCUGGAGAAACAGAAAGUGGAGCUUCAACAGGAGGUGGAGAAGCUCGCCUCGGAAAAUGCUAGCAUGAAGGUAGAGCUUGAUGUGCUGCGCUCCAAAUAUGAAGCUCUCCAGAGUUUUGCCAGAACUGUAGCCCGCAGCCCUGUUGCUGCUGCCAGGGGCCCCAUUACAUCUGUCAUAGGGCCCCUCAUACCAGGCAAAGUGGCUGCCACCAGUGUCAUCACCAUUGUCAAGUCCAAAACAGAAGCACGUUCAUAAUGCACAAACAGGAAACAUUUGUAAGUAUAUUGGUCAGCGUAUUCAUCAGGCACAGGGUUAUGCAUGAUAUAUGACAUGAUAAAAUUCAGCAAUAUCUGCUCUGUGACUUUAAAAAUAUAAACAGACAACACUAAAGUCUCUCUGAUGUCAUUAACAACCCUUGUUGUUAAUAAACAACAACUUUUAUCAAUAUAUAUCAAUAUUACACACUUGAGGUUCCCUCAAAAAUUACUAGAAACAUUUGCCAUGCAGUCACCGUCAUGCUGUACUAAAGAUUUUAGACAUGGCCACUGUAUGCUUUUAUUGUAUGGAAAAGAGCGUGGAUAUUCUGCUAAAUAUCUUCUUUUUGUGUUUCAUGGAAGAAAGUUAAUCAUACGUGUUUUGACUGACACAAGGCUUCAUGUGAAUUCAAACAUGUAUGACCAACUUGAAAUGUCACAGUUUUCAUUAUCUGGUUUUGGGGUUAACUGUUCCCUUUAGCUCCAACUUAAGUUACCUGUGCUUGAUAUUGUCCACUGACUGAUAUACAGAUGGGGAAAACUAAAUAUAUUCACUAUUCUUUCAGAAAUGACACCGUUCCCUUAAGACAUAAGGAUCUUGUAAUUCAAAAAGCGAGCAAAAAUUAUUUUACUUUCCUGUUAAGUUCAAUUCCAGUAGCGGAAUGAUGUUUACAAGUUAUAUUCUGAGGAAUAUGACCAGGAGAGGCAAUAAACUACUGUAUUUAUGCAUGGGAGAGCAGAGACCCUGUUGAGCCAUGAGAUAUGAGAAAGCAUUUUCUUAAAGAUAUCGCAGAGAGAGGAGGAAUUUACUUGUUUUUAGAAAAUAUCUGAAGUUGGUAAACCGUGUUGGUAAAAUGGAUCAUUCUAGCUUUGUUCAGAGUUGUAGAGCUGUAGUUUCGUUGUUCUGUGCUUUGUGGAUUGGCUGGUCUCAGUUAAUUUUCCCAAAGCAACCAAACACAAACUUUAUUGUUGAAUUGUUAGCAAAUGGUCUCUGAUAUCUUACUCCAGCUACUUUGUUGUUUUCCUUUCCUGAAUAAGAAAACAGAAAAAAAAAAAAAGUUAUUUAUAUGAACAAAAAAUAGUUUGAUAUCUAUUUUGCAAUUGUACCAAAAGUGGCUUAUUAUUGAAGUCUGAUUGCUUUUCUAGUAAGUAGUUGCGUGCAGUGGGGUAGCGCGUGGUGUGCUGUGUAUGUGGUCAGGUGGCAGUCUUGUUCACUGUGUAAGUGUCCAGCUGUAUUCUUUAAAUGAAUAUUAUAAAGUAAUAUAGACAGUGUACAGAAGCCAGUCGUUCAUAUCAGCUCCUUCUAUAUCUCUGUAAUUAAGAUGUCUUGCACUCAGAACAUCUGGGUUUUGUUGAAUGACACAAUUUGUAGCUUUACUGCAGCUUACUAUAACAAUCCCAAUUUGAUGCUUCAUAAUGGUGCAAAGCCAGUCUGCGGUUCUCUUCCAGCACAGAAGGUUGGGCAAAACACAAUUUUCCUUAAUGUUUUAGGGCAACAAAAAUAGCAAGACCUGAAUUAUGUUGUGUUUCUGUUCCAAAACCUAGUGACCUGUUCAUUUUAAGGCAUCAUAAUGUGCUCUUCUAACGUGAAAUCUGUUGUAAAAGACAUCAAAUGAGGAAGCAUGGCAUGGCACAGAACAAGUGACAAACUCACUAAAAAAAAUUAAAGAAAUGCAUCCAUCUAUUCUUCAAACCACUAUAUAAUAAAUAGCCAAUACUUUAUGAGCAAAAUAUACAAGUGAAAAAUACAGUAGAAUGUGACUUGAUUUGAUUGUGACAUAAGUGAAGGGGUUGAAAAUGAAUGUCAGCUUGAUGUCAGCUGAACAGGAAAGGUGGAUAAAGUUAUUACAUUUAACUAUAAUCAUUGCUAAAAUGUCUGUAUAUAAAUAACUGAACAGUUUUUAACCAACAGUACUUAUUUGUGGUAUUUAUUUAUUGUUUAUUAGACAUAUUGUUGGGUAAGCAUAGCAAUUCUCCAAUGUCAAACUCUAUAGACUGUUUUGUAUCGGUCAUUUACAGUAAGUGGCUCCGUUUCAGUACGGAUGCUGCCUACCAUAUGUCUACAGACAGCAAGGCAAUCCCUCACUAGGGUUUGGAACAGAGCUAUAAUAUAAAAAAAGAUAAUUGACUGUCAAUCCUGUCAUUUCGCUCAUGUUCUGUAUCUUAUGGACAGAUGUUGUCUGUGGAAUCAGAGCAGAACUACAUACAGCAUAAAGAUGUAUUAAAUAAGCUUGAUGAGACUUCUCUGUGAGAGAUGAUCAGGGUAAGUGAAAUGCACUAAUGAAAUGGGCUUAUUUUGAUAUGCUCUUCCCUGUUGUUAUCUCAGGACAUAUGUUCAGUGUAAUAUAAAAAGAAAAAGCACCAGAAGUACUUCAACUUGUAACCCUGAUGUGUGUGUCACAGCUGUAAAAAUCAGCUGAAUGAUUUUGAAGUGGAAAGAAAUAUACACACACACACACACACACACACACAUACAUAUACAC